CAACAAUGGCUUUGUUCAACCACAGUACGCCAUUUCUAUUGUGAAUUAUUGUAAUCACUCGACGGCCUUUUUUCUAAGAUGGGUAUGCGUACUUUGGAUAUGUUUCUUCGGAAAUCUGUUCCUAACGGAUUUUUUGAGAUAAACAUCGAGGAGGAAAUUCGUAAAUACUAUGACAAUGCUACCAAACCAAACCCACCGGCGCCAAUUAUCGUGAUCGAUUUGAUGGUUAUGGGUCAUGCCAUAUGCCAGGCUGAUUAUAAUGGGCAAAUUUGCGGAGGAAGGCUGAAGGUGGCGUACAUGCUGUUGGAUCAACUUUUCACCAAGCUCAGAGAGUGCGGCGCGGUUUUGGAAUUUUUCUGCGAUGGUCCGGUGCAGGUAAACAAGUACGGCAAGUGGUGUGAGCGUCAGAACCGUUCAUACAGGGGUAUGCUCGAUUUCUACGAUGAAGUUGACUACGGGUGCACCACAGCCGAAUUGAUCGAGACCGAAAUAGUGCUUAUUGUGCACGGUGGUUACCCGCUGAAACAGCUUGCCCAGAAACAUGGCAGAUUGACAACUUCCUUCGGGAUCGAGUGUGUCCAGGAGUCGGCGGCAUAUGCAACCGACAAUAAGGCUUUGGCAAUUUUGUCGAAUGAUACCGACUACCUAAUUUAUGCGGGAACAUGGCAUCUGUGGUCAUCCAUGAACAUCAAUUUCGAUACGCUGACCACAUUGGAGUACAACCGACAGGGUUUGAUGGAUACUUUGGAUCUCAGCUAUAGUCAAAUGCCGUUGUUUGCUCUGCUGAGCGGGGAUAAUGUAUUGGACUUCGAGAUGCUUCAAAAAUUUUACGAUAAAUUGGGUAAUCCGUCCAAUAGAUUUCAUGACUUAGCUGAAUUUGUACGACAGCAUCCGGAGGAUCUGCAGCGAUCAAAACAACUACGUUUACUGCUGAGGGGCAUCGUGGGGAGAGCGGCAGUAAACUCAGACCUGGUCAAACGCUUCCAACAAGGUUUGAAUUUUUAUGAUACGAAUUUUCACCCCCCUAAUUUGAAUCCAAACGGAGAUCACGUUUUGGACGUUCUUCUGAAGCAAAACAGUACCUUCCUGUACGCAGUAUGGGUUGGAAAACCGAAGGAACUCGCAACUACAUUUGUGGACUUGCAACCACAUCAUUUCGGCAUCUAUUACCCCCGGAUGAUCAUCUCAAUUAUGUCCCGCCAAGCAGGAAUAAUUCUAUAUCAUCGGCAGAAGCGGCGAAUAGACUCCGAUUUUACCCGGUUCAAUUUGCUAACCAAGCUCUCCCAUAAUGCUGACCAUUCACUUCAGCAGCAUCGUGUCGAGUUCCCGGAACACAUCGAACCACCAUCACUGGUGGAUCUUCUAUCCACCGACCCGGAGAAACGAGCACAAUUACAAGAAAUCAAACUUCAGCUGUUCUGCUGGAUCGCUUCCGAUACGUUGAACCACCGUCUAUUAAAGCCUAUUCCGGAGGAACUGCGCAUAAUGGUCGUCACGCUUUAUUGUCUCAUGGAGAACCGCCUGCUGAAGCUUUUCGAAGCAGACCAUCUGCUACAAAUAGCAUACGAUGUGACCUACGAGACGUAUGACCAUACGAAAAUUAAUCUGCCACGGACUUUCCAUAGCAGGGGUUAUCGUGUUGCGUUUCUUUUUAUAAGUGUCUUCAAUGUCUUCAUGGAAGCAUACAAGGACCUCGGCUUGGCUAGUGAAACGCUGAACGAAUAUCCACCGUUCGAUGGUAUGUUGUUCCACAAUCACUACGAGAACUGGUCCGUGCAAAAACAAAAUUUAAACCAAAUCAGAGAGUGGAGAAUCUACGACAGACUGGUUCCCCACUAAGCAAACAAAUAUGAUGCUCGUAAAUGUAUUUUAAUUAAAUUCGUAGAAAAAUUGUUGACAAUAAAUGUUCUGUACUUAAUGUUUUAA